AUGGAUGAAAUAGUAGCUGAAUACAUCAGGAGAACUGUGCUACGAAUACCACAUUCAGAUAUAGGAAAAAUGCUGACCACAUGGGGGUUUCUCUCUGAGAGCCAGCUUCAGUCUAUAAACUUAAAUCAGAUAAAGGAGGAUUUGUCCCAAAAAGUAGUUCAACUUUGUGAGAAAAAUGGGGCAACUAUCAAGCAUGCAGCGAAUCUAGACAUCAUUUAUAAUUACACAUAUAGAGACAAAAAAAAUUGGACUGUUUAUAAGAUGACUACAGAAGAAGGUGACGAAAAUGCCAUUUUCGACUUGGUAGAUUUCAGAAAAAAAUUUAAAACCACCCUUCGAUUACUUCUGAAAAAUGUCACUAUCACCUUUAAGAAAUACGAAGACAAUUCAGUGUGGAUUCGAGUUGCUUGGGGGCUACAAUUUAAAAAACCAAACCAGUACAAGCCAACCUACGUUGUUUACCAUUCACAGACUCCUUACGUCUUUAUUUCCCACUCCAUAUUUAAAAGCUGCAGAACUAUGCUUUUUCAGGCUCUGUUGGCCGCUGCUGGUUACAGCGACAUGCAUGAAAUGGACCUCCGAAGCCGUUGUUUGGACUCCCUUAAAGAUAUUGUAUUUAAGCGGUGUAACCAGAACGUUGAAACCUUUAACCCACGACCUCUACAGGAAAGGAACAGCAUUUUGGAAAAGGUGGAUCCAAGGAUAAUUCAAGAAGAUAAGAACAAAAAGGAAACCAUUCGGAGAAUUAAUGAGGAGGACUUUGGAAAUGGUCCCCUGCCAAAACUACAAUAUGCUCAAUACAAGCUUGAGACAAUAUUCAAAAGUAAUCCAGAACUGGGAAUCUUGAAUGACAAGGAACCAUUUAGAUGCUUGGUCACAUUUUCUAGCCCUCAUCUUUUAGAAGCACUGAAGUCCCUUGCACCUGCUGGUCUGGCAACUGCUCCCCUCUCACGUCUACUUACCUGCAUCGUCCCAGAUGCCAAGAACAGUUUUAAAAUUACAGAGAAAAAAGGUGGAUUUUCACAUAGUCAGCCAGACCAAUGACCUCCUUUAACAUGGGUUUGUUUAAUUAUUUUUAAAAUCAUAUUUAUUUGCCCAGCUA